AUGUAUCAAUUAUUUAGGAACACACAUUCCUGUUAAAGCCCCAAAAAUUGGGUACAUGGAUUUCGUCAAUCGAAAGGGAUGAUGGGGACCAUCGAUGUCCAGAUGGUCAUGCAAGCUGUUGUUGACAACAAUUACUUGUUUAGAGACGUCAGCAUGAAAUUUCCAGGAAGUGUCCACGACGCGACGGUCUUUAAAGAAUCGGGAAUUUUUAAGAACCAUAGCCGAAUUAUUCCGGAAUUUUUAAAACUGGUGGGCAACAAAGAGAUUCCCUUCAUUAUCCUGGGAGAUCCGGCAUACCCAUUGCUACCGUGGCUUUUAAAACCAUAUACCGGACACUAA